UAGACGACGAUAGUGUUGUUUCUAAAGUAUAAGUGUGUAAGUGCGUGCUGAGGGAAUUUAACAAACUGAAAUUACAAUUGUCAAACCAAAUAAGAACGUUUUUAGAUCGAAAAUAAGAUAACAAUACUAGCAGCAAUAUGCUGUGGUUUAAUGUAAAUUUUAUUGAAGACUUUGACGUAUAAAAUUUGUACAAUUCGAUGCAUAGCAAUUAAAGGAGAAACGAUAUACUGAAUUUUGAACGGAUUAUAAUUAUAAUAAGUUACUAAGAUUGAGAAGACAAAAAACGCAGCAACUUGAUUGAACCAACAACAUUCGCACGGCGGCGUCGGCAGCUAACGCAGCAGCAGGCGUCAGCCAUGAAGGUGGAUACCGUUAAACUGAAGAAGGGCUCUUCGGAGCUAACUUCAGAAUGUCGCGAAUUGAUUGAUGAAUUGACCAAACGACGCACGCGUGCCGAAUUGCUAGAAUUUUUGGAUACGGUGCAUGUUUGGAUUUAUGGUAAAUGUGAAUUAUAUCAUUGGAUUGAAAUAUUGGAUCGCUUCGAUAAAAUACUCGAUGAGGCGGCUCGCCAUGUUAAUGGUAAUGAGUUUGUGCUGCAGUGCGAUACAACAUUCAUUGAAGCGGAUGUAACUCUGCUGCUGCACGUACUCAAUUUCACAACACUGCUCAUCGAGCAUUCAUUCUCGCGCCAUUUGUACAAUUCAAUUGAGCAUUUGACGCAGCUUUUGUCGUCACAGAAUAUGGACAUAGUGUUGGCCGUGCUCAAUUUGCUUUACAUGUUCUCUAAGCGAAGCAAUUUCAUUCCACGCUUACCGCUUGAGAAGAAAGAGUUGCUUAUUGUCAAACUUUUCAAUAUCGCAGAGCGUUGGGGCGAUCCAAAUUACGGACUAUCGUUAAAGGACUGCUGCAUUGGUGAGCCAAAGCUGGAGUUCCUUUAUCAGCUGUGCAUUGACUAUGUCGAUGAGCAUGGCCAUGCCGCACAGCUUGAAAUACCAGACAUGAUGGAUCUUUGCCAAACAGCGGCAGCACCAGAGGUUAUCAAAACAAUAGCCGGACAGAUCUCAAAGCCCAGUGAGGCCAUUAAGAUGCGCAUUGCUCAUCGAGUGCGCCUUAUUUCUGGCUUCAACAAUUAUAAGUUGCGUUUGCAAUUUGUGCAAGCACGCCUGCAAGCUGUAUCCAUAUUGAUAUAUUCGAAUGCGCUUCAGGAUAAUACGGAAAAAGUGCUCUAUCCUGGUUUCGGAGAAGAGUUAUGCGAACUCAUCGAUAAGGAAGAUGUGCAUUUGGUGGAAAUACGAGCCGCUGUGCUGCGCACGCUAACAUCAAUGCUUCACUUUGAUCGAAAUCCCAGUGUGCCCAGAGCUGGUUCCCGUUUGAUGAAAAUAGUGCAUUACACGGGUGCUGAGAGACAAGGCGGUACACUGCCUUUGCUUGUGCGCGAUUGCAUUGACAAUUUAACCACACAUGGCUUAACAGAACGUUAUCCAUUGAUCUUAGCCACGUCGCUAUUCUCGCUGCUUUACCAUCUGGCCAGCUAUGAGUUGGGCGGUUCGGCACUUGUCAAGAGCGGCAUGAUGCAAUCACUGUUACGAGUCAUUAGCUGGCCGGGGGUUGAUCUGGAGCACAUCACAUUUGUGACACGCGCCGUACGUGUUAUUGAUCUAAUUACCAACAUCGACAUUGCACGUUUCCAUCAGAACAACGGUCUCAAUGUCUUCAUUGAUCGUCUCGAGAAGGAGAUCAAAAGCUGUUGUCGUGCUUUAGCCGAAAUCGGUAUCACAUUGAAGGAGUCAACGCUGCGCGAUGAGCACAGUCUCACAGAUAAACUGGACAGCUCUCUCGAGCAGGCCGAUGACGAUGAUGCUGCCACGGAGAAUGCAUCGGUGGCCAGUGGCAGCGCAUCACCGCGCCGCGAUAAUUCGAGCAGCGAUGGCAGCGGCAGUGCCAGUGAUCAUGCCCAGCGUGCCUAUCGGGUCUAUAUGGAACAUAGCGGUGGUGAUCAUCCUCGAGCUACUGGCGCUGGUACACCAGCCAGUUGGCUGGACAUUGGAUCUCGCGGUUCGGGUAUACAUGCGCUGAGCAGUCUUGCGGCUGCGGCCAGCAGUAGCAGUGAUACAACUGGACGAGACAGACCUGUACAGUAUCCAGCGAAUAGCUAUUAUGCUCGACCACUUGCCGAGCGUAAAGCAGAGUUAUCUUCACAGCUGCGCAGCAGUUUGCAGCCAAAGAAACCGUCCUGUGUGACACAGCGGGCGGCGUUGUUGAAAUCAAUGUUGAACUUCUUAAAGAAGAGCAUACAGGAUCAUGCGCACUUUAGCAAUAUGCGAAACAUUAUGGAAACAAGCCUGACCCAAUCGCUGCGACACAUUAUCGCCAACGCUGAGUAUUAUGGACCAUCAUUGUUUUUGCUGGCCACCGACGUGGUCACCGUUUAUGUAUUCAAUGAGCCAUCGUUAUUGUCGUCGCUGCAGGAUUUGGGCAUAACCAGUGUAAUGCUGAAGGCGUUACUGCAGAAGGAUGUGCCGGCAACACGUGAGGUGCUUGGUUCGCUGCCAAAUGUCUUCUCAGCGUUGUGCCUGAAUGAGCGUGGACUCUUUGAGUUUCUAUCGUAUGAUCCAUUUGAUAAGGUAUUACGCGUGCUGCUCUCACCUGACUAUUUGGUGGCUAUGAGAAGGCGUCGCAGCUCGGAUCCAUUGGGUGACACGGCCACCAAUUUGGGCAAUGCCAUGGAUGAUCUGAUCAAGCAUCAUCCAUAUUUGCGUGCCGAUGCAACCGAAGCGAUUGUUCGUUUGCUCAACGAACUGGUACGCCUCGGCUCGGAUCCCAGUUUCAUAUGCUGGCGCGCCAACAAGGACAACAGCGGUACAAGUGCCGCACACACGGCGGCGCCUUCGACACCAUCGCCAUCGGCCAUGGUAAUGGUGGCAGCUGGACCAGUACUGCAAAGUGCUGCUGAUAACAACGACAGCAGCGGAGAUGAUGAUGAUGAUGACGAGGAGAUGAGUUCUGCGUCUCAGCAGCAGCAGCAGCAACAGCAACAACAGCAGCAACAAACGCGGGCCAAUACACAACAGCCACCAGUUGCUGCAGCAUCGGCAGCAACAGCAACCACAGCAGCAGCAACAACAACAGCAACAACAGCAGCCACACCCGAACGCGAGGCCAUUCCACUAAUCGAUUAUAUCUUGAAUGUAAUGAAGUUCAUUGAGGCAAUCUUCAGCAACAGCCCAAAUGGCGAUCAUUGCCGUGAAUUUGUGCAAAAAGAUGGCCUGACGCCGAUAUUACAGCUGUUAUCGUUGCCCAAUUUGCCAGUUGAUUCGCCGGUGUCAACAACUUCGCAAGCUGUGGCCAAUGUGUGCAAAGCGAUCUUGAGCCAGGCGCAGGAGACGAAAGUGUUGGAUGUGGCACUCAAGCAAUUGGCCGAUAUUGUUGCACAAUUGAAGCCAUUGAUCAAGCAUUUCACGUUUCCCGGCGGCAGUGUGUUGCUUGCGGAGCUCGUGUGUUGUCAGCGUUUGGAGGAUGGUUUCGCCAAUGCCGAAUACACGCCCAUAUUGCACAACAUGAGCUUUGUCCACGGCUAUGUGGUCAUGCUGGUGCAUCUCUGUCGCAACGCCUCCACUGAAAUGCGAACUGUGCUGCUCAAGCGUUGGGGCGCCAACCGUGAGACGGGCGUACAGCUCUUGCAACAACUGGUCCAGUUGUAUAUAUCGCUGGUAUGGGAGAGCACAAUAUUAUUGAAUUUAUGCUCGGAUGAGCCCACCCAACAUCCGGAUCUCAUAUGGGAUGAAAUCGCUGCGCAAAUGUCCGCAGCUGCCGGCACAGCGGAUCCAAUGACCGAAGCCGAAUUGUCACGUAAAUUGGAACGCGCUGCCGAAUUCCGUACCAAAUAUACGCCCGAAGAACAAUUCCGGUAUAUCAAAUCGCUGUUGGCGGCCAGUUCGCGUCUGGGCCGUGCCUUGGCUGAAUUGCUGGGCACACUGGUUAAGUUAUCCGUGGGCUCACCACAGGCGCGUCAACGUCGCAUCAAUGACCUCAUUAGCAACAUUAAUAAAGUUCCUACGCCGGAGGCACGCGAAAUUGCUCGCAUUCUCAGCUCCAUAUUGGUGAAUGGAUUCAGUCAUGAGAGCAUUUUGCCUAAGCCGGUGCCCAAGCUGAAGUUAACGUUUCUCAUUUGCUCGGUUGGAUUUACCGGUCCGAUGCUGUUCGAUGAUAAGCGCAGCGCCUUCCAUUUGAUGAUCUCACAGUUUUGCGCGGAGAAUGGCUUGAAGGCAUUCUUCGAGAUGUUCUAUUGGGCCUUGUCGCUCGAUAAUGUCUCACAGAAGUUUGUCUUCGAUCAGUGGGCACCAUUGGACGAUCUAAUGCAAACGCACGAGGAUGAUAAACGUGAUUGUCCAGAGGGCACGGGUGAAUUUCUCGAUGCCUGGCUGCAAUUGCUCGAGAAGAUGGUGAACCCACGCGCAAUGCUCGACUCGCCAUACACGAUGAGUCCACGGGUCAACUAUAUGCCAGACAGUGUGCCGUUCGAGCCGAUAUUCUAUCUGAUUCAUAUCCAUCAAUUGGCCAUGCAGGCAUUGCGUCGCAUUUGGUGCCGGCGUCCCAUACAGAACUAUGGCACCAGCAUGUUUGAGACGAUUCUAUUGAUACUGAAACAUUUGAUCAAGUCGCAUCAGAUGCUGCUCGAUCGUUAUCAUGCGCGCAUGAAGGAGAUCAAAUUUGAGAAUCUUUACAUACGCAGCACGGACGAUGGCCUCAAUGCGGAUCACAUUAAAACGCUGACGGACAUGGGCUUUCGACAUUAUCACAUUAUCGAAGCACUGCGGAGCAAUGCCUCGUUGGAGGAGGCCACCGAUUAUCUGCUGAACAAUCCGGAGGCCAGUGCUUUAUCACACUCGGGACAAGGACAAACUGGAGCGGGUGCAAAUACGGGUACGGGCACAGGAACUGGCACUGCCACUGGCACGGGAACUGGCACUGGCACUGGCACUGGCACUGGCACUGGGACAGCAACUGGCACUGGAUCAACUCAAAGCCUAUCGCAGGGCAGUUCGGCAUCGAAUGCUGCUGUUGCUGGUGAUAUGGACAUUGAUAUGGAACUACCGGGCAGUGGCGGUGCAAAUGCAUCCACAUCCAGUAUGAACACAGAUGCCGGCGCCGCAGCCACCGACGGUGGUGCAGCCGCAGCAGGUGGCGCUACGCCAUCGCUAUUAGUGGUCAAACCCACGGCCAGCAGCACAAGCGGCUAUGAUUAUAGGCAAUUGAAAUUAAUGCCACCUUUGUUGUUCGAUCACUUCUGUGAUGAGGCCGUAUCGCGUGCCUUUGAGUUCAUGGAGGCCAUACCGGACACGGUGAAUAGUGCCGCUGAUCUUAUAGCCGUGCUCUACAGGCGUCUCAAUCAGCUGAAUCGACAGGUGUUCGUCACCAAUUUCGUGCGCAACAUCAUACAAUGGGUGGACUUCACCCUGCAGCUAUUCGAGCCGACAGCAGCUGCAGCCGGAGCGGGAGCAACGCCUGGCAGUAAGCCAGCACCGAAAGUUGGUCGCUUGGAGGAGUGUUUGACUGGAAUGACAGCGACACGCCUGUUUGUACGCCUAAAGACGUCCACAUUGUUGCUGGAGGAGAACUACAGUGAUAUGCAUCGUCCACUGGUGGAGGCCAUAACGGCGCAGGAUGCGAUGGUGUCCCUUGUUAAGCUGCUCGAUUGCAUGAGCCAAUGGAUGCUGGAGCAAUCGCAGUUAGUGGACGGGCAAGCGCGUGCUACGGUGCCACGUUGGGUACAAAACCUGGUCGAUCUCAUUGACGCCAUCGAUAGCAUCAGUCAUAUAUUGCAGCGCAAAUCGAAUAUGCGCGCGGUCAGCAGUGAUCUGUGGCGGUGGUAUGACGCCUCGACAGGCAAGUGGAAUGCCUAUUCGGAGGCCAACAAUGAGCUAAUACGCAGCGCCUAUGCCGCUGGCGAACGUUGGCUUCACAUCAAUAUUGGGCGGCAACGUUGCACCGUUAGCUUCAAUUGCAUGACCCAGGUGAGCGAUGCAUCUGGCAGCCAUCGGCCCGUCUAUCCAGCAUUGAAGAUUUGCGAAGCAAUUAGCCAUUUGCAAAACCCGAUUGCGCCGCAAAAGAUUGAUAAUGUCUUGAAUCGUGUGGUGCGCACAUCGCCCGACGGCAAUGGCACCAUACAGACCGAUGAGCUCGUACCACUGCGUCAGCUGAUCAAUUUCAAUGAGCCAGCAACAACAGCACCAGCAGCACCACAGCCGCCACCGACGCCGCCAGCGACAGCAGAGCCGCAGCAGCAGCAGCUGGAUGGCGAGGAGGAGAUGCCAGGAGCAGCUAUAGUUGGAACAGCAACAACAGCAGCAGCAUUAGCAUCCAGUGAUGAUUUGAGUGGAAAUCAUUCACCGCCGCCAGCAAUGACAACGCGAAGCAAGUCGCGUCAGAAGAGCGCUGCUGCGGCAGCUAAAGCAAAGGCUGCGGCAGCCGCAGCUGCCAGCAACAGUAGCGGCGGCAGCAGCAGCAGCAGUAGCCACAACACCACCAACAGCGGCACGACCAUACCGAAGCGUACACAGAAAAUUAUACUAAACGAGGAGAACGUGGGUCUGAGCAAGUUCGAUUGUGGCCGAAUUAUUGGCAGCAUUGUGGCAUUGUUGCAGCCAACACAGUUGCUGCACCACGAGACAAAGCUGUCGCUGUUGCGUCUGUGCGCGCGCUUGACCCGCAACUUUGAGAAUGCCCAGGUGUUUAUACGCUGCGGCGGCGUACGCAUGCUGCUCCACUUGCAGCAAUCUUGCAGCUUCAUGGGCUUUCCCACCUAUGCGAUAAUCAUAUUGCGACAUGUCCUGGAGGCGCCACCAGUGCUGCAGGAGGCCAUGGAACGGGUGCUGGGCAUGCGCGCCGCUGGCAUUGUGCCAGUGGGUCAUCGUGAUCUUAUCUAUGUGCUCACCCAGGUCUCGACAGCGGUGUCGCGUGAUCCCAAAAUCUUUGUGGCCGCCGCCAAGGAGAUGCUCAAGGGCGAGUAUAUGAUCAAUGCGAAUAGCACCAGCAAUCUGAUAGAUGAUGGUCGCGUCAUGGUCAAGUCGAAGUUUGGCCAGCAGCCAGUAGCAACGACAACGGCCGCUGGCACAGCAGCCGCAACGACAGCGGCAGCGGCGACACAAAAAGAAGCCACGCCCAAGGAUGACAUUAUCGAUGAUCCAAUGGUGCAAUCAUCCAUUGCAGUGCUCAAAGAGCUACUUCUCGCAUUGGUGCAGCCCUGUUGUCAUUAUACCGCCAAUGUGACCGAGCAGCAACAGCAAAACUCAGCUGCUGAGCUGCUGUUGCCCGACCAACCGCCAGGCACUACGGGUGGAUCAAUGGCAAAUCCCGAUGAUGAGGACACAACGCCCACGGCAAAGAAAACAACUGGCUCAGCUACAUCAUCGACUGGUGGUGGCUCCACGUCAACAGGUAGCAGUUCGGAUAAGUACGAGCCCUGCUGUUGCACCUGGCAUAUUCCGACCAGUGCGCAUAGCCACAAUAAGCCAACAUUGUCGCGUGCCACACUGCUCAAGCUGUUGGCAGAUACGACGCGCGCCUAUCAGUCGCUGGUGCCACGGGUCCUGCUCUCGCAUGUGUAUGCGCCAGCGGACAGUCCGUUGAUUGGCAGCGGAUCGCAAACCUUUUUGGCCGUGCUGCUCGAUCGGUUUCUGCCACUGACCCAGCGACAACAUGUGCCCGAGGUGAGCACCAUGGCACGCGUAUUGCUAUGCUCGCUCUCCGAUUGCUAUCAGCAGAUGGGCGUGCAACAGCAGGUGGCCGAGGAGUUGCAUGCGGCGGUGGCGCGUGCACUCGCCCAACCGGAUUCAGCGGAGAAGCACACACGUCUGCAGGUGCUAAUGAGCCUGUUCCCCAACCUGAUCGAAUCGCCCAUGCUGUACGAUAAGGUGCACAUGCAUCGGAAUACAAUGUAUCGUGUGCUGUUGCGUCAGGGCGUCAUGACUUACCUGACCAAGGUGGCCCAAUAUAAGGAUCUAUCCAAUCACAAUACGCUGAGCACAUUGGGCGCCAUCCUACGGCCCAUGGAGAUUCUGUUGCGCUUCAAUGUGGCGACGACAACGCUUGGAUCGAAACGGAUACUGUUUGGCGGUGCCAGCUCGGGCGCCAAUGGCAGCAACAACGGCAACAAUAGCAAUGCCAAUGGCAUGGGUGGUGGCAAUACAGUUAGUGCGAUCAUCAAUCGUCGUUUGUAUCCGCGCCUAGCGGCACGCACCGCUGUCAACGCCGCCGUCGAUCGCUCGAAUGCGAUGGGCGGCGAGCAUGUGCUCCGGGAUAUCAUACGGAAUGUGCUGUCGGAUCGUCGUCAUGCGUUUGAGUUCAUAUUCAACUCGGAUGAGAUGGCUGUGGACUCGGAGGAUUCGGCACCGCAAGCAUCGUCCGGCUCUGGUGCUGGCAACAGUGGACCAGGGAUCAUUGGCAAUCAUAAUGCGGCCGCCAUUGAUGUUGUCGAUGAGCGCAGCAAUGGCACAGAAGCCGCUGAACCACCGCCGCCGGCUGCUGCAGCUGGCGGCUCAUCGGUGCGUCCGGUGCUCAAUUUCGAUCAACUCUGGGAUGAUUUCCUGCAAUGCGAGGGUCUAUUCUUGGCAUCGCGCGGCGGUGGCAGUGGCAGCAGUGGCAACAGCAAUGCCCCCGGCAAUGCCAAUGCCAAUGGUGCCAUAGGUCCUGGUGGUGCAGCUGCCGGUCAACAGAAUGGCAGCAAUGCCGCUAACCAAGCACUUGAUGGCAUCAUAGGCACUGGCUCAUUGGGCAUCAGCUUAGCCGUUGGCAGCAUCGGAGACCCACGUUUGCGUGGCAGCAGCAACUCGGAUGUCGAUGUUGACGGCAGCGGUGGUGCUGCCAGUGGCAAUGCCAGCAGCAGCGCUGCCAAUGAUAAUGGCCUAAGCGGCAAUGGCGGUGGUAGCGGUGGCGUUGGCGGCGGUGGCAGCGACGGCGCCUCCACAUCAUCAGAUACCGCUGGCGGCAAUGGCAACACUGCCAGUGGUGCUGGUAGCGGUGGUGUUGGAAGUGCAAGCAGUGGUGGAGGACGUGGUGGUGGUGGUGGUGGCGGUCCACGCGGUGCUCGGGACAUGAAUGCAUCGUUGUUGGGCGAUGUUAGCUCAAGCGAUUCCGAUUCGGAGGCCUCGACGGAGAAUGAUGAACGCAAUGCUGAGGAGGAGGACGAUGACGAUGAUGAUGAGGCCGCCGAUGAGGAAGUGGAUGAGCAUAGUGAAACCGAUGUGGACGAGGAGCGUCCGCGUCAAUACAUUGAAGUAUUUGAUCAUAUCUAUGAGCCAGAAUCAUCAGAGACGGCAUCAAAUGAUGCCGAUGUCGAUGCCGAGGACGAUGACGAGGAUGAGGAUGAUGACGAUGACGACGAUGACGACGAGGAUGAUGAGGACACACGAGCACGCAAUGCCGAUGACGCGGCUCUAAUCGAUGAAGUCCUCGCCCAAGUGAAUGGCAGCGGCAAUAGUUCGAGCACCUCAGCUGCAGCCAACUCCAAUAAUCGACCACGUCGCAGCGCCGCCAUUGAGCCGAAUGGUGGUGGCAGCAGUGCUGCCAACGACAACCGCAUGGAUGAUUCGUCCCGUGAUGCCAACGCCUAUUUGUAUGAACGUCUGGGCGGCGACAGCGGACAUGGACAUGGACGUAGCCAUGGGCACGGCCAUGGACAUGGACAUGGCCAUGGACACGGCCAUGGGCACUUGAUGCCACAGCCACCAUCCAAUUUCCGUGUGCGCAUGAAUAGCUCGAUUGCCCUGCCCCUGGACAUAGAUGUGAAUGGCGGAGCGUCGUCGUCAUCGGCGGCGGCAGCAGCUGCCGCUGGUGUUGGACGGAACAAUUCGACUGCCAAUUCGGUGGCAGCUGCAUUGCGCUCCUCAUCCGAUUCGUGGAUGGCGCCCGAUUUUAAUUUCAUUGGCCGAGGUGGCGGCAGUGGUGGCACGGAUGCCGCCAAUGCGGGUGACGGCAAUGUGAACGGAUUUCUGCCGCCCGCCAUGGUGCAAAUGGAGCGCAAUGCCGGCGGUGGUGCCAGUAACAAUCAGAAUAUGAGCAACCUGCUCGACGAACAACCAUCGGCAACACAAGCGGCUGCUGCCAUCGGCACCGGUAAUAGUGGCACCGGCAAUGGUAGCGCUGGCGGUGGCUCCAAUCCGGCUGCCUCUCAUCCCAACAACAAUUCCUCCUUGUGCAACAAUGGUGUGCGACGUCGUCUCCUCUAUCUGGAUCAGCAGUACUGUGUGUGCAUGCCAACGCAUCAGAAUCCGACCGAAGAGACGCAAAUGGAGAUGUUCACACAGGACGCUCUUCACUGGUGGCUGGAGGAAGCCAAAGCCUUGGACAUGGAAAGCCAAACCGACGCCUGUCUCUAUGCGGCACACUUUCUGCUGCCGCAUUUGAUCAAGGAACUCAAAUUGGCUCAUCAGCAACGCAAACAGGAGGAGGCUAGUCGUGUGGCUACGGCAGCAGCUGCUGCGGCAGCCUUGGCUGCUGCUUCCUCGUCCUCCAAUGCUGCGCCUGCUGCGGCAGCUACCACCCCAGCCGCUGAGCCAGGCGCAGCUGCUAAUGCGAGUGCGAAUGCCAGCGCAACAAGUGCUGCGGCAACAGCUGUGAACAACGUCAACAGUUGGCUGUCGAAUUCGAAUUCGACAACAACCAGCAGUAGCAACAGCACUAGCAGUUCCAGUGCAAUUGCACCGCCACCACCACCACCUUCAACAGCGGCAACAGGAGCAGCAGCAGCAGCAGCAGCAGCAACGGCAACAGCUCCACCUGCUGCAACCAACAAUUUCCGCAGUUCCAUACCCAGACUGAUUCCAUCGAUGCAAUUCGUGAAUGCCGCAUCGCUGGCAACGGUGACAACGGCAAACACGCCCUAUGGCAGUGGCAUUGUUACCGCCAGCAACGCAGUACAGCCAACACUGGCAGCCGCCUUCAAUAGCAGCAACAACAACAGCAACGCCAACAGCGGUAGCAACAAUGCUGCCUAUGCACCAGCAGCACCACCAGCACCAGCACCAGCACCAGCACCAGCAGCGGCAGCUGCUGGCAAUGUUGAGCCACGUCGUCCACGACAUCGCAACAAUGGUGCUCGCCAUCAAGCGCUCUAUAAUAUCUACGCAGAAAUCGAUUUGACCAAUGAACAGGAUUCAACUGGUAGUGGGGGAGCGGGUAGUCCUCCACGUCAACAACAACAGCAACCACAACAACCGUCAUCGCAGCCGCAACAGCAAGCACCACCUCAACUAUUUCCCAGUGCGCAGGGCCCGUCGCCGGGUAUUGGUGGUGGCAAUGGUGCGAUACCGCCAUCGCAUCCGCCACGUCAUCCACCAGUGCCGCAUCUGCCGUCCAGCGGGCGACCAUCACGUACACGAACACGUGCUGAAGUUGCCGAGAUCAUGGAGUUCCAGAUGAACGAGCCACGCCCAGCCACCAUGCGGCGUAACAACAACAUCAUUGCAAAUUCAUCGCGGACCACCGGCGCUUCGAAUGCUCGGUCCAGUCGCGAGAUGCCCGUUGCUCGUUUGCAGCGUGUCUCACUAUCCGGACGCACCAAUUCGGACGAUGCAACUGGUUCCAACGAUGAUCAAUGGCGCGAUUCGCCUGUGCGCAUGGCGAAUGCUGAUGUCAUUUUCCCACUUGAUAUGGUGCCUGGUACGUUGAAUUUCCCCGAUCCACCGCCGCCGCCGCCGCCGCUACAACAACAACCACAACAAGAGCAGCAGCAGCAGCAGCAGCAACAGGAAUCGCAAGAGCAAGAAGAUGUGGAGCAGCAGGAAUCAGACUCUGAUCAGGAUAUCGUGCCAGACUUUUCUGGUGUCACAGAUCCAACCACCCUGUAUGCACCGCCCGCGCCAGCGGUAUCCAUAUCGGAAUUGGCCGCUCAGCUUAUGGCCAACGAUCAGCAUGAAGAGGCCCGACAGAUGCUGAGCACAGCACCGGAGCCGUAUCAUCAGCUUAAUCGUGCAACUCUCUCCGCUGUGGCUGCAGCUGUUGUAGCUGCCGUUGAAGCAGAUCCGUUGCCCGAUUUGCCUGACUUGGAACCGCCCGAGUUGGAUUUGGAGUUACGUACCCGCAGCGACCCGCCACCCGAAACGGAUUCGAGCUCUGGCUUGGACUUUGCAACAUCAACAACAGCCGAGGGAGAACCAGCGGCCAAUAAUGCGGAGGCUGAUAGUAUAGAAGAAGCUGCGGCUGGUGCUGCCAGUGCAGCUUCUUCAACAGCUUCUUCAACAGCUUCAGCUACAGCUACAGCUACAGCUACAACUGCAACUGCAACUGCAACUGCAACUGCAACUGCAACAACUACAACUACAGCAACUGGAGUUGGUGCUACAGCAAGCGCCGCCGUUGUCACCGACAUGAGUCCAGAGGUGCGUGCCGCAUUGGGUGAUCUAGAGGUGCCCGAGGGUGUGGAUCCCUCCUUCCUUGCCGCCUUGCCUAGCGAGAUGCGCGAGGAGGUGAUACAGGAGCAUUUGCGUAUGCAGCGCAUACGCCAACGCGCCCAGCAGAAUGCCAUACAGAUAGCGCACGAUUCGCUGGUCGAAGUGAGCCCAGAAUUUUUGGCAGCUUUGCCGCCCAAUAUACAAUCGGAGGUGCUAAUGCAGCAGCGUAUCGAACAGCAGCGUCAGGCGGCGCAAAGCGCCAAUCCCGAUGAUCCGGUCGAUACGGCCGCAUUCUUUCAGAAUCUGCCCGACAAUCUGCGUCAAGCUAUAUUAACAGAUAUGGAGGAGUCACAGAUAGCAAGUUUGCCGCCGGAGCUGGCGGCUGAGGCACAGUUCCUGCGUCGUGACUGGGAGUCACGCAAUGGCGCUCGCAUGGAUGCCCAUCCACCCAGUAAUGCGCUGUCCCGAUUCCAGACCACGCUACAGAAUCUGGAUGAGGCGCGCUGGCACAGCGCCAUUUGGUAUGAUGCCAGCGGAAAUGCGCAGCCCCAACAUCAUCAGCAUACGACAAUUGUGCAUCAUCAUCAUAUUGCACCGAGCACGGGGAAGCCUCUCGCACUGCUUAUGAUGGAGGAUGAGAACAUAUUGCUGGAUCCGGAUUCGCUGGCCACGUUAUUGCUGUUCCUGUUCGUAGAGGAUCAGAAGGUGAAUAGCGUGCGGUUGCAUCGUGUGAUACGGAACCUAUGCCAUCAUGAGCCGACACGUGAUUGGAUCAUCAAGGCCCUGAUUAGCAUUAUACAAAAGACAAACGAGGACAAUUCCAAUUUCGGUGCUGCCAAUUCGGGCAGCAAACCCGAAUGGCUAAAGCUGCGCGUCGAUGCCGCCUUUGGCUACAAGAGCAACAUAUUCCUAAUCAAUCGCAUGUACGAGGGCAGCGCUCGCAGCAUCAGCAUCAAUCCGCAGGCAGCCCAAAUGAUUGUGCGCAAUUGCCUCGAUUUGUUGUUUGUGCUGGCCAAGCAUUAUCCAUUCAGUUUCUUGCCCUACAAUCGUGAACCGAAGGCGCGUGCUCGCAUGCUCAACGCUGUCUUUGGCAUGCCCAAUGCGAAUCCAAUGCCCCGUUUGGAUGAUGCGGCAAAUGCUGCCAAUUCAAGUGCGGCCAGUGGUGGUACCGGCGAUUUGCGGUCCCGCUAUCAUCGCUAUCAAAUGGCUAAUCGUCUGCGCGGCAUUUUGGAUGAACAGCAGCAGCAUCAACAACUGCAGCUGCAGUUGCCCAAGGCACAGCCGCUGGAUGAGGCGCCAUCUACAUCGAAAGCUGCUGCCGCCAAGGCAGCUGCCAGCGCCGCUAAACCACCACCAUUUAACAACAACAAUGAUGGUAGUGGCGCCACCGUUGCCUAUCAGACCAACGCGCACAGCUUUUGGGAUGUGGUGCUGAAUAUUGAUCGGCAGACGCCGCUGCGCUUGGCCAAUGUGUCACAGUUUCCAUUGACCUCACAGCCGGCCUGGAAGUGGCAGAGCAACAAUAGCGAAUUCUUAUCAUUUACCGAUUCACCGUUUGGCCAGCUGCUCGAGAUGUUGCCGUAUAAAGUGAUCUGUCGAUCGCCGCAUUUGACGGAUAUGCUGGUCAAGUUGUUGGCCUCCCUGAGCGUUGAUUUGCCCAAGGAGGAGGAGCAGACGCAGUUGCAGCAGAUACAGUUGCAACAACAGCAGCAGCAACAGCAACAGCAACAGCAACAACAACAACAACAACAACAGCAACAGUUGCAGCAACACCAACAACAGGAUGAGCAAAUGCCCCAACAGGAUGAACAAAUGUCAACGCAGCAGCACGAUGAGCAAUUGCCGCCAUUGGUGCCACUUAGUCAAUUUGCAGAGGAGAUGCGCAUUGCUUCCAUCGCCACCAAUGCCAAUGCAACACAGGGCGAACAACUACGGCAACUGCCGCAGCUGGUUGCGCAUGAUGAAAACGAUUCAGACGACACUGAGGACGAGCCGGAGGCGGAUGCCGAUGCGGAUGAUGAUGAAGAUGAAGACGUCGAUGAUGAGGAGGAUGAUGAAGAUGAUGAUGACGAUGUCGAUGAGGAUGAGGAUGAUGAGAUGCCACUAUCUAGCGGUGCAGUAGGCGGCGCUAAAAUGCCAAAGCCACCGCCUCCAACACCAGCAACGCCCAUUCAAUCACAUAAGCCACGUCGCAAAAUCUAUGCCAAGAACUUCUCCCAACUGCAGCUGGUGAUCGAGGUGUUGACGCAUCAAUGCGGCACCACCGAGGGACUGGACAACGUAACGAAACUUAUUGUGAAUCUCACACAGUGCUCGCAGGCAUCGAAUGCCAUAUUCAUACAGUACUUGACCGCCGCCAUACUGGGCCUGGCCGAGGAGGUGCGUCAAGCUAUUCAGACGCUGCUCAAUGAGAUUAGGGCCUACAACACACUUGGCCAACAGGUGGUGGAUAGCAGCAAGCCUGGCACGAGCAGCACUGCCACCACGCCGUCAGUGGCAGCGGCAGCGGCAGCGGCAGUAAUAACAACAUUAAACAAUAGCAGCAGCAGUGGUAGCAGCGCCGCUUUGCUAUCUAAUUUAACCGUCCAUGAGGGCACGAUGCAGGAUCGCUUCACAUCCGAAUCGGUCAUCAUAUCGGCCCCAAAGAAUGCCAAGCCAACCUGUGAACUGCAGUUGCCCUCGAUGAAGAAGCUGAUGUCGAAUUCAUCGGCUCAGCCUUAUUUCCUGCGCACGUUGAAGAUAUUUAUGCAGGUGCGCGAUAUGUACGAGGUGCAGAACAGUCAAAACGAUGACACCGAUGAUAUCAUUGAUAUUAUUGGCGAUGCGGGCGCAACUACAACUACUGCUGCGGAUAGUCUUGCCGCGGCUACGAGUGGUAGUGGCAGCAGCAGCAGUAGCAGCAGCAUGGAAACCGAUCAGAAGACAUCAAGUGGCAAUGGCAAUGAUGGCAUUAACAAUGGCUCAAAGAGUCCAGCUGCCAAGCCAACGCUUAGCCAAAUUCUAUGCCUGGACGUGCUGUGGCACACGUUGAGCGAGUGCCUGGUUGCUUUGGAGGAGUCCAAGGAUGAGUUUGCUGUGUUGGUGCUGCAACCGACCGUUGAGGCCUUCUUUCUCAUACACGCCUCGCAUCGUGUUACACCGAAGAAGCCAGGGCGUGGUGGUGUUGGCAAUGCAGCAGCUGCAGCUGCUGGCGGCGGCUCGGGAUUGCGCGUUGUGCCGCACCCAGUGGCCGAGCAUAGUAGUCCACAAUUGGAUGAUACCAACAGCAGCAGCAACAGCAACAGCAGUCAAGCCCAGACAUCAACCAGCUUUGAGGAUGAAUCCCGCAUGCAGGAUGGCUCCACGUGCGCUGCUGCUGGACAGCAGGUGGCGCUAACCGCACACGAGGCCCAACUGAAACAGGACCGCCAAAAGUUUUUGCAAUUCGCUGAGAAGCAUCGCACGGUGCUUAAUCAAAUAUUACGCCAGUCGGCGACACAUCUAUCCGAUGGCCCGUUCGCCGUAUUGGUCGAUCAUACGCGCAUCCUAGACUUUGAUGUCAAGCGUAAAUAUUUCCAAACCGAGCUGGAGCGACUGGAUGAGGGCAUACGCCGUGAAGAACAUACAGUUAGUGUGCGGCGUAUUACCGUCUUUGAGGAUUCAUUCCGAGUGCUUUAUCGUCUGGGUCCCGAGGAAUGGAAGAAUCGCUUUUACAUUGUAUUCGAGGAUGAGGAGGGCCAGGAUGCUGGCGGCUUACUGCGUGAAUGGUAUGUGAUAAUAUCGCGAGAGAUCUUUAAUCCCAUGUAUGCCUUGUUCUGCGUAUCGCCGGGCGAUCGCGUCACCUAUAUGAUAAACCCAUCGAGUCAUGCGAACCCCAAUCAUUUGAGCUACUUUAAGUUUGUCGGUCGCGUCAUAGCCAAGGCCGUGCAUGAUAAUAAGCUGCUGGAGUGCUAUUUCACGCGCUCAUUCUAUAAGCACAUUCUGGGCAAACAGGUGAAGCAUACGGAUAUGGAGUCGCAAGAUUACGAAUUCUAUAAGGGGCUGGAUUAUUUGAUGAAAAAUGAUAUAUCAACGCUUGGCUAUGAGUUAACCUUCUCGACGGAGGUGCAAGAGUUUGGCGUUACACAAAUCCGUGAUCUCAAGCCAAAUGGACGCGACAUUGCAGUCACCGAGGAAAAUAAGUUUGAAUAUGUUCAACUCGUUUGCCAGCUGAAGAUGAGCGGCUCCAUACGUCAGCAAUUGGACGCAUUCCUUGAAGGCUUCUAUGAUAUAAUUCCAAAGCAUUUAAUAUCCAUAUUUAACGAACAGGAAUUAGAGCUUCUCAUAUCCGGCCUGCCGGAUAUUGAUAUUGAAGAUCUAAAGGCAAACACUGAGUACCAUAAGUACACAUCCAAAUCGGCACAGAUUCAAUGGUUCUGGCGCGCAUUGCGUAGCUUCGAUCAAGCGGACCGUGCGAAAUUCCUACAGUUUGUCACCGGCACCUCGAAGGUACCGCUGCAAGGCUUCGGUUCCCUGGAGGGCAUGAAUGGCAUACAAAAGUUCCAAAUACAUCGCGAUGAUCGUUCCACAGAUCGUUUGCCUUGCGCGCACACCUGCUUUAACCAACUGGAUCUGCCAAUGUAUAAGUCGUAUGAUAAGUUGCGCAGCUGUUUGCUCAAGGCCAUACACGAGUGCUCCGAGGGCUUUGGAUUUGCCUAAGCUGUGCCGUCCGAGAAUACACACACAAUAAGAAGAAUCUAACUAAAUAAACACACUCAUACACAUAUACUCAUACACUCAUUCACAGACACAUUCUCUCACACACGCACACACUCACUCAAAUUCAAGAACUCCUACAAC